GCGAGUGUUUACAUCCGGCCGGGGCUCGCGUCGCCGCGCUGCGAGCCUGCUGUGCCAUGGAUACCAGCGACCUGUUCGCCAGCUGCAGGAAGGGGGAUGUGGGCCGAGUGCGGUACCUGCUGGAACAGCGAGACGUGGAGGUGAACGUGCGGGACAAGUGGGACAGUACGCCCCUGUACUACGCCUGCCUGUGUGGGCACGAAGAGCUGGUACUCUACCUCCUGGCCAACGGAGCCCGCUGUGAGGCCAACACCUUCGACGGGGAGCGCUGCCUCUACGGGGCGCUGAGCGAUGCCAUCCGCCGGGCUCUGCGUGACUACAAGCAGGUCACCGCCUCCUGCAGGCGCCGGGAUUACUAUGAUGACUUCUUGCAACGGCUCCUGGAGCAGGGCACCCACAGUGACGUGGUCUUCGUGGUCCACGGGAAGUCCUUCAGGGCGCACCGCUGUGUCCUGGGGGCCCGCAGCGCCUACUUCGCCAACAUGCUGGACACCAAGUGGAAGGGCAAGAGCGUCGUGGUCCUCAGGCACCCGCUGAUCAACCCCGUGGCAUUCGAGGCCCUGCUUCAGUACCUGUAUACAGGCCGCCUGGACAUCGGCGUGGAACACGUCAGCGACUGCGAGCGGCUGGCCAAGCAGUGCCAGCUGUGGGACCUGCUCAGUGACCUGGAGGCCAAGUGUGAGAAGGUCUCCGAGUUCGUGGCGUCCAAGCCCGGCACGUGUGUGAAGGUGCUGACCAUCGAGCCGCCCCCGGCAGACCCGCGGCUGCGGGAAGACCUGGCCCUGCUGGCCGACUGUGCCCUGCCCCCUGAGCUGAGAGGCGACCUCGGGGAGCUGCCCUUCCCCUGCCCCGACGGCUUCAACAGCUGCCCAGACGUGUGCUUCCGUGUGGCCGACUGCAGCUUCCUCUGCCACAAGGCCUUCUUCUGUGGCCGCAGUGACUACUUCCGGGCCCUGUUGGACGACCACUUCCGAGAGAGCGAGGAGCCGGUGGCCCCCGGGAGCCCCGCGGUGGUCACGCUGCACGGCGUCUCGCCCGACACCUUCACCCACGUGCUCUACUACGUGUACAGCGACCACACAGAGCUGUCCCCGGAGGCAGCCUACGACGUGCUCAGCGUGGCUGACAUGUACCUGCUGCCCGGCCUGAAGAGGCUGUGUGGCCGCAGCCUGGCGCAGCUGCUGGACGAAGACAGCGUAGUAGGCGUGUGGCGCGUGGCCAAGCUCUUCCGUCUGGCGCGGCUGGAGGACCAGUGCACGGAGUACAUGGCCAAGGUCAUCGAGAAGCUGGUGGAGCGGGAGGACUUCGUGGAGGCAGUGAGGGAGGAGGCCGCGGCCGUGGCCGAGCGCCAGGAGACCGACUCCAUCCCGCUGGUGGACGACAUCCGCUUCCAUGUGGCCAGCACCGUGCAGACCUACAGCGCCAUCGAGGAGGCCCAGCAGCGGCUGCGGGCGCUCGAGGAGCUGCUCGUGGCCAUUGGCCUGGACUGCUGAGCCCCUGCCCGGGCGGCCCCCAAGGCAGGCAUGUGUGUACGCGUGUAUGUGUGUGUGCAGCUGUGCUUCCUGUGCCUGGCAGGCUCAGGGGCUCCGGGGGAUGAGCCCCUUUCCCCCGGGGCCCUGGGACUGGCACCACUCAGGGACACCUGGGGUGGGGGGGUGGGCGUUGGUCACUCGGUGCCACCUGCCCCUCCACCCCCGGUCCUGGCCUGCUGCUCAGGCAGGCUCUUCAUGCACACGGGGCCAGGCCAGGAGAGCCUGGCGUGCCAAUAAAGCUUGAACUCA